AUGAAUCUCCUUCAAUGCGCUCCCCUCUGUGACAGUCAAGGUACAGUCCGGUACUUUAUUGGCGCCCAGAUCGAUGUGUCCGGCCUAGCCAUGGAAGGUGCGCAGAUGGACUCGCUGUGCGCUUUGUUAGACAAGCAGAAAAACGGGGAGGCAGGGGCCGAUGCCGAAGACGGAGAGAUGAAGGAGGAUGUUCGUCCAGACGAGUUUCGUGAACUCAGUGAAUUAUUCAGUCCACGAGAGCUGAGUGUGGUACAUCAGGUAGGAGGCAAUCUUUUCAAGCCUAUCCCUGCAGUGUUCGAUCGCUAUGGGAAAGGCCAUAGUCGCACCUGGUCAACGGCGGAUACAGUGGAGAUGGAGGCUAUACGCGAGAGAGAUAUUAAAACGGCGUUGUUCCGGGGGUCGUUAACGGGCGUUUACGAAAAUGCCUCCGAUUCCCAGGCCUUUUUACCUCUCAGGCCGCCCUCGUGCUAA